CCUUAAAAUCAAAAGACUAAUUUUAAAACAAAACAACAAAAAAAGUCGUACGGACAGACACCCUUGCUAAUUAAAUCUUAAUCACACCAUAAUUACAAAAUAAAUCCAUAGUCUUGUUUUUUAAUAAAUAGAAUUAAAAUUAAAACAAAUAAUACAAAACAUGUCAUCAGCAUUACAGACGGCCACUUUGGAGGAAAUACGUCAUGCUGCCUCACGCAUAUGUCGUGAUUACUUGAAUGGACGUUGGAAGGUGGUGCCUGCCGAGCAAUUGAUAGUCAAAAGAAUCAGUGGUGGUCUAUCAAACUUUUUGUAUUAUGUAAGUCUGCCAACACAGCAAGACAAUGCCAAUGAGGCGGCAGAUUACCAGCGGCCACAAGCAAUGGAAACCGCCUUAGAUAGAGCUACAGCAACUGCAUUACUCACCGCAGUAGAUGAUGAAAAUAGAAAUGAGCCCCAUUACAAUGAGUUGGUGGGCGAUAUGAAUGGCAACAAACGCAAAAGAUACGACAGUGCAUCAUCAGCUUCAUCGGCCGCCUUGCGACAAAAUGAACCAGAAGAGGUCCUCUUACGUAUUUAUGGCCAGUCCCAUGGCGAAGAUGCUCUCGAGGCCAUGAUCACCGAAUCCGUGGUCUUUGCCCUACUCAGUGAACGGCAUUUUGGUCCAAAACUUCAUGGCAUAUUCCCGGGCGGCCGUAUUGAACAGUAUAUACCCGCCAGAGCUUUAUUAACCACUGAAUUGUCGGAUGCCAAGAUUUCCGUUAAGAUAGCCGAGAAAAUGGGUGAAAUUCAUGGUCUCAAUAUACCCAUGUCCAAAGAACCCGACUGGAUUUGGAAUUGCAUGAAUCGUUGGCAACGCCAUUUGCCCGCCAUUUUAAGCCGCAACGAUUGGCAAGAGAAUCAAUCACAUGCCGAAUUUGUGCGCAAUUUCAAUUUUGCCGAAGAAUCUAAAUGGCUCAAGUCGGUCAUUGAUAAUGGCCAAUAUCCCGUUUUGUUCUGUCACAAUGACUUUCAAGAGGGUAAUAUACUGUUGAGAAGUUAUAAUACUGCAGAAGAAACAAAUUUGGACGAUUCUCUUAUGGACACUAAUAAUGAAGAGGGAGAUCUUCUUAAUAACAAACGUUCCAGAACCUUAGAUCUCGAUUCUUCUGCUGAUUCUGCCCUUUGCUCAUCAGCUGACUCAGCCGGACCAGAUCUAAUGAUAAUUGAUUUUGAAUAUUGUGCCUACAACUAUAGAGGUUUCGAUUUGGCAAAUCAUUUCCUAGAAUGGACCUUUGACUACAGCAAUCCCGUGUUUCCCUUCUACUAUCAUCACAAGCAACAAUUCCCGAACAUCGAACAAAGACAAAAAUUCAUAAAAUCCUAUUUGAAGAGAUUAAAUGAAAGUGAAGAUGAUUGGGAGCCCACACAAAAAGAAAUUGAUGAUGUUGAGAAUGAAAUAAAACUGUUUAAAAUGUUUUCGCAUCUAUUUUGGAGUCUAUGGUCUGUGGUUAAUGUGACCUCCAACAUAGAAUUUGGCUAUUGGGACUAUGCCAUUACCCGUAUCAAUGAAUAUCUGCAACUCAAACAAAAUUUCAUCGCUGACAACAACCCAAACGUUUGAAAAACUCAACAUACAUAACGGAAACGCAAGUGCAAGUAGUAUCAUUCAACGAAUCUUUUGUUAUUCGAAAUUCAUACGCAUUUAGACUUGUAAGAAUGUUCGCCAGAAAGACAGGGUCUAUAUUUACAAUGAUAAAUACAUGGAUAAAUAUAAAAUGUGUUUAUCACCAAGUUUUCAAAUUAAGACAAAAUGUCUCUUUUGAUUUCAUCAUAUUAUAGAAUUUAUGUAUGUUUAAGCUACAAAAAAAAAACAAAAAUAAUUACUAUUAUGGAAUAGUGCUGUGAUGGUUUUUCAAAUUACUAAGACUUUUAUUCUCUCCCCCCCCCUUCCUGAUAUUUUAUUAUUUUUAUUAUUAAUAUUGUUAUUUUAUGAAGCACCAAGUAUUAUUAUUAUGAACAUUAUGAAUUUUUACUCCUUUAGCUGCGGAGUUAACCUUAAUCAUUCUUUCCUUCUUCUACUUAUUUUGUGUGUGUGUUCACUAAACAUUUUUUUACUUAAUUUUAUUUAGCUAGUUAAUAUAUUUACUUAAUGCAUAAAUGAAAAAGCAAAUAAACUUUUUUUUAGAAAAAUAAAUCAGAAAAUUAAUAAUUUUUCAAAUUAAUUAAGUUAGAAAAAAGUAUUUAAAAAUCAUUAUUACUUAAAAUACAAUACUAUGAUGGUACAUAAUUUAGCAAAUCAUUUUUACAUAAAUAUACUAUAUCUAUGCAAUAAAAUAAUAAAUUUAAACUAUUUAAA